AUGGAGAACCACAACAGAAUCUCCUGAAGAUUAAACCUAUUCAAUUUAUUCAUUGGAGCUGUGAGAAUUUUUUGCCAACAAUGAAUCACUCAAUUCUAGCCAUUGCUGUUUUGGCCUGUGUGCUUUUCUCCAUGUCAGAAGUUUCAGAGGGAGCGAGAUCCCUCCUACCUCCUAAGUGCCGGUGCACAGAGAUGCAAAAAACACCAAUCAGGUUUGAGAGGAUUCAGAGAUUUGAGACUAUUGCUGUUGGACCUCACUGCAAAACGGAACAAGUCAUUGCCGUUGUGAAAAUUAAGAGGGAAUUCAAUGUCUGUGUCAAUCCCAGUGACUUGUGGGUCCAACAAGCCAUGGCUAAGUUUGAGCCGACCAAACCAACUUUUACUGAGACGAACAGCACGACGAUGUUUCCAAAAAAAGAAGAAGAAAAAUGAAAGACUUCAAGAAGAAUUGUGUCUUAACUGAAAAGUAGUUUGUAUUGAAUGUUUAUAACCACAGGAAAUCACUGUUACCAUGUUACAUAGUUUUGAUGGAGUAACUAAAAUCAAUGUGAAAUAUGUGCUAUUAUUUCUUACAGCAUUUAAGCACUUUAUGUAAUCUUACAGUACAUAUUUUGUAUGUUUUUUUGUAUUUUUAUACUGUUUGUAUACUAAUAUUUAUAAAGUAUUUUUUGCUGACAA